GUACGAGUACGUAUGAGUGUUACGAACAGACACACUUUUAUCUCGAAGUAGCAAAAGCAUGCCCAUUCUGCACAAAAAUCUCCGCAUCGUGCGCAAUCUAAAAAGCGGCAAGGGAGAUGGCGUGUAUUGUCGUAUCUUCGAUCGGCAACAGGAUGUUCUUGACGAGAGGCAGUACAACAAUAUGGCUAUCCCAAGUGGCACAGUGCUAGCAUCCGACACUCCACUGGUGACCUUCUACGACACCAACAUUCCAAUCGGGGCCGGAGAGCGCGAUCGAGCACUUCUAUCACAGUUGAAGUUAUGUUGUUGAAUGUUGAACAUGAACAUGAAGAAAAACUGAUUUCAAAGAAAUGUAGUUGAGGGAGCUGUUGACUAUGUAUCUUCGUGGUGUUGUUCGUUCGUAUAAAUCGUGUUCUAUGUCGAUGAAAACAAACAAGAAAAUUUAGGGUGUAUCAUGAUCAUAAUUUAGCCCUAGAAGUAGAAGGUCAAGGUGAGGAGCUGAGUUGUAGAAUCGGCUAAUCCAGUCGCUGACAG